GCGCCGGCGGGCAGGUAGCGGGCACUUAUGAAGAUGUAGCUCUGCUUUCGAGAGGUAACCUCUUUGCGAGGGGUAACUCACUAUCCUUCACGCUCGACCGCAGCAUAAGGGACAAUGGUGCAAAUACAUAGUAAGGGGAAUAUGGCAGUGUGCAUCUGCUGUGCCACACCAUACCAUCAAGUCAUAAUGAGCAGCCCAUCGCUAACUCUGGCAUCACUGACAGCUUUUUAAAAAUGGUCUCUUGGGGCGCGGGUGCCUCCGUCAUUAAUGUUUCUGGACAGUUCACUAUCACUAAUAUGACCAGUCCUGUCUCAACAUCCGUCUUGCACAGCUUGCCUCCCACAAUUAACAACUCUGCACUUUCGGAUUGUGAAAUGUCCAGACAUCAUGAACUACGAAAGAGACAAGUAGAAGAGGUUUUUACAGUCCCAUAUCAGUUGCAGACCGGGCCUACCAGAUAUGCGCCAAUGGCCAAGAAGCCUGCAAGCACGAUUCCAGCCAAAGUGCCGACUCCCCAGUUUCCAGCAAGCGCAUAUACCAUCGCCACAACCUAUCUUCCCCCAGCAACCGCUCAGGUCACCCUCUCCGCCUCUGUGACAUACUCCGUGGCCAGUAUUGAGAAUACUGCCUCUCCCGCACCACAUUCGCACGACGCACAAAUGAGGCGAUUCUUAGAAAGAUGGAAAGAUUAGGUUUGGAGUCUCGUAACAACAUUCAGCACCAUCUCAAUAAACGUUGAUAUCCCUAUCAUACUGCUCAUGUCUCUCAACCGCUAGGCGGAUCAUUACUGAGCACGUCUCGUGCACUCUCCCGGGCUACCGGUUUUCAAAGCUCCUAAAAUUGACCGGAGAUUACCCAUGUUAUCAUAAUGAUGGAUGGUCGUUUGAUCACUGUAAUGGAUUCAGAAUCAAGAAAGACCUACUUGAUCAUGAUAUAUAUCCUUGCGAGAUCCCAUCAUAAGCUACUGUCAAUUAAUGAAAACUAGGUAAUCUUAGCCAGGAAUGGUAGCACCAUAAU